CCUGUCUUUGUUACGGAGCACCGUCGUGCCUUGGGUCGUACGAAGCGCUGACCGACACAGAAGCAACGACCGAGACAUGGAAUAAGCUUUUGUGCGUUUGGUAAGUUAUGACAUCUGCGAGUUCCUGUGCGGUGGGAGGAAGACGGUGCGCUUCGAAGGUUUUAAGUUUCGCAGUGGCCCGCGUCCAAGUUAAGUUCGUCGACCUCGCGCAACGUGCAAGGCGAUAGCGCUAGGAUCGUGUCCACGGCGUCGACCUUGCACGUUGUCGCAAGGGGAUGAGAGGGGCGGUUGAACCGUUGAGGAUCGGUCUGAGAAUCAUUUAUCGUCAAAUUGCGUGCCCUUUCCAGGUCCUGCGCGGUCGCGAGGGAAACGAGAGUGCUCUCGAAAAUGAACGCGUACGAGCUUCGCACCUUUGCCAGUAGCCAUCACCGUCUCUACAUUCCUUUCCGUUUCGACACCGUAUCCGCCCUCCUCCCUUGGACGAGGACGGCGACACACUCCCUUGUUUACACGGCCCCGUUCCUGGAUCGACCGGGAGCAUCUCUAUUUGUGACGCGUUCGGUCACACGUCACCUGACGGAAUUAAAAGUCCAACCAACGGGGCACGGACCCGGUUUCCUAAUCGGGCUAGGGCGCACGGCCUCGGUAUAAGGUGC